UGAGGAGGCGGAGGUGGAACUGGCGGAGAGCGGGCGGCGGCUGUGGCUGCCGCGGGACCAGGUCCAGCGCAUGAACCCGCCCAAGUUCAGCAAGGCCGAGGACAUGGCCGAGCUCACCUGCCUGAACGAGGCCUCGGUGCUGCACAACCUCCGUGAGCGCUACUACUCCGGCCUCAUCUACACCUACUCCGGCCUGUUCUGUGUGGUCAUCAACCCCUACAAGCAGCUGCCCAUCUACACGGAGGCCAUUGUGGAGAUGUACCGGGGUAAGAAGCGCCACGAGGUACCACCCCACGUGUAUGCGGUGACCGAGGGGGCCUACAGGAGCAUGCUUCAAGACCGUGAGGACCAGUCCAUCCUCUGCACCGGGGAGUCUGGAGCUGGGAAGACGGAAAACACCAAGAAGGUCAUCCAGUACCUGGCGCAUGUGGCAUCCUCACCAAAGGGCAGGAAGGAGCCCGGAGUCCCUGCCUCUGCCAGCGCCAUGUCUUAUGUGAGUAGCAGGGCUCCCUGUGGUCUCAACCCCACUGCCCCGCACGCCAUCCUGCUGGGUGACCCCAGCGCAGUGCUGCCGAGGGGUGCAGUCCUACUGUGCACACCGCUGCCGCCUGAGCCGGGAACCCUCACGCAUGGCCCUUUCCGGUGCCAAGCCUCGAACCCCUCACUUUGCACGUGUUCUUUACUCCCACGACGCCACCUACACCUGCUGGAGAAGUCGCGCGCCAUCCGCCAGGCCAAGGACGAGUGCAGCUUUCACAUCUUCUACCAGCUGCUGGGGGGCGCGGGAGAGCAGCUCAAAGCCGACCUCCUCCUGGAGCCCUCCUCCCACUACCGCUUCCUGACCAACGGGCCGUCGUCCACCCCCAGCCAGGAGCGGGAGCUGUUCCAGGAGACGCUGGAGGCCCUGCGGGUGCUGGGCUUCGCCCCGGAGGAGAUCACCUCCAUGCUGCGGAUGGUGUCCGCCGUGCUGCAGUUCGGCAACGUCGUCCUCAAGAAAAGAAGAAAUACAGCCAAGGCCACUUCCGGUGCUAACCGGAUGUGUUGCUUCUCACCCACAGCUGCACAGAAGCUCUGCCGCCUCCUGGGGCUGGGCGUGACCGACUUCUCCCGAGCCCUGCUCACGCCCCGCAUCAAGGUUGGCCGAGAUUACGUCCAGAAAGCCCAGACCAAGGAGCAGGCCGACUUCGCGCUCGAGGCUCUGGCCAAGGCCACCUACGAGCGCCUCUUCCGCUGGCUGGUCCUGCGCCUCAACCGCGCCCUGGACCGCAGCCCGCGGCAGGGCGCAUCCUUCCUGGGCAUCCUGGACAUCGCCAACCCGCCCGGUCUUCUGGCCCUGCUGGAUGAGGAGUGCUGGUUCCCCAAGGCCACCGACAAAUCGUUCGUGGAGAAGGUGGCCCAGGAGCAGGGCGGCCACCCCAAGUUCCAGCGCCCCAGGCAACUGCGGGACCAGGCUGACUUCAGCGUCCUGCACUACGCGGGCAAGGUCGACUACAAGGCCAACGAGUGGCUGAUGAAGAACAUGGACCCGCUGAAUGACAACGUGGCAGCCCUGCUCCACCAGAGCACAGACCGGAUGACCGCCGAGAUCUGGAAGGACGAGCACGGGGACCUCCCACAGGCCUCUUUCCUGGGCUCCUUCCCUCUGCUGUCCCCCGGAUCUGCAGGGAGGUGCUGUUCCGCCUCUUCUCCACCAGGGGUGGAGAGCAUCGUGGGGCUGGAGCAGGUGAGCAGCCUCGGGGAUGGCCCGCUGGGUGGCCGCCCGCGCCGCGGGAUGUUCCGGACGGUGGGGCAGCUCUACAAGGAGUCCCUGAGCCGCCUGAUGGCCACACUCAGCAACACCAACCCCAGCUUCGUCCGCUGCAUCGUCCCCAACCACGAGAAGCGGGCCGGGAAGCUGGAGCCUCGGCUGGUGCUGGACCAGCUGCGCUGCAACGGUGUCCUCGAGGGCAUCCGCAUCUGCCGCCAGGGCUUCCCCAACCGCAUCCUCUUCCAGGAGUUCCGGCAGCGGUACGAGAUCCUGACACCCAACGCCAUCCCCAAGGGCUUCAUGGACGGGAAGCAGGCCUGCGAGAAGAUGAUCCAGGCUCUGGAGUUGGACCCCAACCUGUACCGCGUGGGCCAGAGCAAGAUCUUCUUCCGGGCGGGGGUCCUGGCCCAGCUGGAGGAAGAGCGGGACCUGAAGGUCACGGACAUUAUCGUGUCCUUCCAAGCAGCUGCCCGGGGAUACCUAGCACGCAGGGCCUUCCAGAGGCGCCAGCAGCAGCAGAGCGCGCUGAGGGUGAUGCAGAGGAACUGCGCGGCCUACCUCAAGCUGCGGCACUGGCAGUGGUGGCGGCUCUUCACCAAGGUGAAGCCGCUGCUCCAGGUGACAAGGCAGGAUGAGGUGCUGCAGGCGCGCGCCCAGGAGCUGCAGAAGGUGCAGGAGCUGCAGCAACAAGGAGCCAGGGCAGAGACCCUCCGACCGAGGACAGCCAACCCGAGCGUCGCCCGCUGACCUUGCCCUCCGGCCGCCCUGCAGCUGGAGGAGGAGCGCGCCCGCUUGGCCGAGCAGUUGCGUGCAGAGGCCGAGCUGUGUGCGGAGGCUGAGGAGACUCGCGGACGGCUAGCAAGCCGCAAGCAGGAGCUGGAGCUGGUGGUGACCGAGAUGGAGGCCCGCAUGGGCGAAGAGGAGGAGAGCAGCCGCCAGCUGCAGGCCGAGAAGAGGCGGCUGCAGCUGCACAUCCAGGAGCUGGAGACCCACCUGGAGGCCGAGGAGGGGGCGCGGCAGAAACUCCAGAUGGAGCAGGUGACAACUGAGGCAAAGCUGAAGAAGUUCGAGGAGGACCUGCUGCUCCUGGAGGACCGGAACGCCAGGCUGGGCAAGGAGCGGCGGCUGUUGGAGGAGCGCCUGGCCGAGUUCUCCUCCCAGGCGGCGGAGGAGGAGGAGAAGAUCAAGAGCCUCAGCAAGCUGCGGCUCAAAUACGAAGCCACCAUCGCGGACAUGGAGGGUGAGCGGCACCCAGGCAGCUCCGAGCUGCAGGAGCAGAUGGCCGAGCAGCAGCAGCGCGCCGAGGAGCUGCGCGCGCAGCUGGGCCGCAAGGAGGAGGAGCUGCAGAUGGCGCUGGCCAGGGCGGAGGAGGAGGGCGGAGCCCGGGCCCAGCUGCUCAAGUCCCUUCGCGAGGCGCAGGCUGUGGGACUCAGGCAUCACCCCCGAGAACCUUGGAGGAGGAGGCAGAUUCUGGCAGAGACAGGUUCUGUCCAGCGCAGCAGGACCAAGAGAGAACAGGAGGUGACAGAGCUGAAGAAGACACUGGAGGAGGAGACCCGGGUUCACGAGGUGGCAGUGCAGGAGCUGAGGCAACGGCACGGACAGGCGCUGGGGGAGCUGACAGAGCAGCUGGAGCAAGCGCGACGGGGCAAAGGUGCGUGGGAGAAGAUGAGGCUGGCUCUGGAGGCCGAGGUAUCGGAGCUGAGGGCGGAGCUGAGCAGCCUGCAGACCUCGCGCCAGGAAGGCGAGCAGAGGCGGCGGCGUCUGGAGUCGCAGCUGCAGGAGGCUGAGGCCACGGGGCUGCGCGAGCAGAUAGAAGAGGAAGCGGCCGCCAGGGAGCGCGCGGGCCGGGAGCUCCAGACUGCCCAGGUCCAGGUGUGCGCCCACACCUUCCCGGGUCCCCACACAGGGACCCACUCAUUCCCCACCCUGUCCGGCCCGGAGAGCUGCCCUGGACCUCCCUGCCCACAGAGGUCCACGGCGCCCCAGUGCCCCUGGGCUAAGCCUCGGCUGGAGCGGGGCCGCCACCGGCUGCAGCAGGAGCUGGACGACACCACCGUGGACCUGGAGCAGCAGCGGCAGCUCGUGAGCUCACUGGAGAAGAAGCAGCGCAAGUUCGACCAGCUUCUGGCUGAGGAGAAGGCAGCUGUGCUCCGUGCAGUAGAGGAACGUGAGCGGGUGGAAGCCGAGGGCCGGGAGCGCGAGGCUCGGGCCCUGUCCCUGACACGGGCCCUGGAAGAAGAACAGGAGGCCCGGCUCGAGCUGGAGCGCCAGAACCGGGCACUGCGGGCCGAGAUGGAGGCGCUGCUGAGCAGCAAGGACGACGUCGGCAAGAGCGUGCACGAGCUGGAACGCGCCCGCAGAGUGGCUGAGCAGGCAGCCAGCGACCUGCGAGCACAGGUGACCGAGCUGGAGGACGAGCUGACAGCGGCUGAGGACGCCAAGCUGCGCCUGGAGGUGACCGUGCAGGCUCUGAAGGCGCAGCACGAGCGAGACCUGCAGGGCCGCGACGAGGCCGGUGAGGAGAGGCGGAGGCAGCUGGCCAAGCAGCUGAGGGACGCGGAGGUGGAGCGGGACGAGGAGCGGAAGCAGCGCGCCCUGGCCGUGGCCGCCCGCAAGAAGCUGGAGGCGGAGCUGGAGGAGCUGAAGGCGCAGACUGCGGCCGCUGGGCAGGGCAAGGAGGAGGCGGUGAAGCAGCUGCGCAAGAUGCAGGUGAGGCGGAGCUGGUCGGUUCUAUGGAAGGAGAUAGAGCAGACUGGAGAGAGCGUGCGACCUGAGUCCCCCUGGCUUCCCUCACCUUGGGGACCUCCCGCCGCUGUGCCACAGGAACUGGCAGCCUCAGACCGUGGGCGGCGACAGGCACAGCAAGACCGGGAUGAGAUGGCCGACGAGUUAGCCAAUGGCAGCCUUAGCAAGGCGGCCCUGCAGGAGGAGAAGCGGCAGCUGGAGGGGCGCCUGGGGCAGCUGGAGGAGGAGCUGGAGGAGGAGCAGAGCAACGCUGAGCUGCUCAAUGACCGCUACCGCAAGCUGCUGCUGCAGGUGGAGACCCUGACCACAGAGCUGUGUGCUGAGCGCAGUUUCUCAGCUAAGGCCGAGAGCGGUCGGCAGCAGCUGGAGCGGCAGAUCCAGGAGCUCCGGGGGCACCUGGGUGAGGAGGAUGCUGGGGCCCGGGCCCGCCAGAAGAUGACAAUCGCCACCCUUGAGUCUAAGCUGGCCCAGGCUGAGGAGCAGCUGGAGCAAGAGGCCAGGGAGCGCAUCCUCUCUGGCAAGCUGGUGCGCAGAGCCGAGAAGCGGCUGAAGGAGGUGGUUCUGCAGGUGGAGGAGGAGCGGAGGGUGGCCGACCAGCUCCGGGACCAGCUGGAGAAAGGCAACCUCCGGGCGAAGCAGCUGAAGCGGCAGCUGGAG